AUGUUCUUCUCACGCGCAGUGUCAAUUUUCCUCCGCUUCGGCGAGUUCGUUUCUGCCGCCGUCGUGCUCGGGCUCAUGGCGUGGUUCCUCCACUAUCACGAUGAGUGGGAUGUCGGCCCCCUGGCGCGAGAGAUCUACACCACUGUCAUCGCAUCACUUUCAGUUAUCUUCUCUCUCAUCUGGUUGAUUCCGACGACAAGUAGCAUGCUUCACUAUCCCUUCGACUUGCUCGCGUCUGCUGCAUGGUUUGCCGCCUUUGGCAUUCUGGUUGACUAUCUCGGGGACUCUGGUUGCGGCCGAGCUUGGGAGUGGAACUCCUUCGACAUCCGCGUCAAUUCUCCGUGGUGUGGCAAGUGGAGGGCUGCCGAAGCCUUCUCCUUCAUCUCGGCUGCUUUCUGGUUCGUCAGCUUUCUUCUGGGCGUUUACGUCUACCACAGGGUGUCUCGCGACCCAGUGGUUACUGAUGGAACUACCAGACGCCGCUGGUACCGCUCUCGUGUCUAG